AUGAUUUCUCUGAUUGCUAGAUACAAGUUACAGUUGAUUUGUAUCAUUGAGUCCAGAGUUAAUGUUAGUCAGUAUGAGAAAGUUUGGAGUAGUAUUUCUAAGAAGUUACCUGAUUGGGAUAUCAUUCAUAAUUAUGAUUAUUCCAGUGUGGGAAGGAUUUGGAUCCUUUAUGAUAAAGUUAAGCUGAAUGUGGUGGUGACUAAAAAGCAUAUUCAGUUUAUUCAUGUCUGUUUUAUGAUUGGGGAGAAAUUGGUCAAUUGUUCAGUCACCUAUGGUUCUUAUAUAGCCAAUGAUAGAAUUGAGUUGUGGGAGAAUCUUUGCCAGAUUAGUAGGAAUAUUAGUUGCAGUUGGAUGGUUGCUGUUGACUUCAAUGCUGUCAUGGAUAAUUCUAAUAGGUUGGGGGGGAAUGAGAUUGAUAUUCAAGCUGUUGAGGAGUUUAAAGAGGCCAUAAAAAAGCCAAUCUUAUUGAACUGGGUUGAUUAUUGGCUUGAUUCUUUUGUGAAUGUCCUCAGUCAAGGGGUUUCUGACCAUACUCCUCUGGUUGUAAAUCUGAAUGUCAGUAGCAGUUGGGGGAGUAACUGGAAUGGUAGUACUAUAUUUCAAGUAACCCAGAAGCUUAAAGCCCUAAAGAGCAAGUUUAGAGAGCUUAAUAAAGCUGAUUAUAGUGAUAUUUCCCAAAGAGUGAUUACUAUGAGGGAGAUGGUGGAUAAGCUGCAAGCUGAUAUGAUAAAGGAUCCUUUCAAUGCUAUUCUUCAUGAUGAAGAAAGAGACUGUUUCAAUAGUCUGAUUAAGCUCAUGUCUUGGGAAGAAAAUAUCAUGAGACAGAAGUCUAGGAUGUUGUGGAUUAUACUUGGAGACCAGAAAAAUAAGUUCUUUCACAGAAGCAUCAAGCAAAGACAGUCUAAGCUGAAAAUCAUCAAUCUAAAGUUGAGUAAUGGAUCUAUUAGCAGCAACUUGGAAGACAUUAAAAAUUAUAUUGUCAAUCAUUUUAAAAACUUUAUGGGGACUCCUAAUCUUUCUAGAACUAAUGUGAAUUAUGAUAUUCUGAGAUCUGGCUAUGUGUUGAGUGAUGAGGAUUGGAGCCUGCUUGAUUGCAGCACUAUUGAUGAUGAAAUCAAGAAGACUUUGUUUUCUAUUAAGGAUGAAAAAGCCCCAGGGCCUGAUGGCUAUAAUAGUUGUUUUUUUUAA